AUGGUGGAAUCCAAGAUCCCCGACCUCGAGUUCACUCCCAUCGAGGAGAUCCAGAGCCGCAGCUCGCUUCUCCGCAAAACCUUCCUCGAGCACAAGACCCGCGACGUCGAGUUCCGACUGGUCCAGCUGCGCAAGCUCUACUGGGCUCUGAAAGACCACGAGCAGGAAAUUGCCGACGCCCUGGCCCUGGACCUGAACAAGCCGCGCUUCGAGACCGAGAUCGCCGAGAACGGAUGGUUGCAGAAUGACAUCGUCUUCGUGACGCGCAAUCUACACAAAUGGGUGAAGGAUGAGAAGGCCGAGGAUAUUGAUCUGACGUUCAAGUUUAUGAGCCCGAAGAUUCGCAAGGAUCCGCUGGGUGUGGUGCUGGUGAUUGGCGCAUUCAACUAUCCCUUCCAAUUGACGCUCGGUCCGGUGAUCGGUGCCAUCGCCGCCGGUAACACGGUAGUCAUCAAGCCCAGCGAAAAUGCUCCGAAAAGCGCCGUCGUGAUGCAGCGCGUCAUCGAAGCGUCUCUCGACCCCUCCUGCUACACCAUCAUCCAGGGUGGCAUCCCCGAAACCCAGGCCCUGCUGGCGGAGCGGUGGGAUAAGAUCUUCUUCACGGGCGGCGCCAACGUCGGCCGUAUCAUCGCCAAAGCGGCUGCUCCUCACUUGACCCCGGUCGUGCUGGAGCUGGGUGGUAUCAACCCGGCCAUUAUCACCAAGAACGCCGACCCUAGACUCGUCGCGCGCAGAAUGCUAUGGGGCAAGCUGCUCAAUGCCGGGCAGGUGUGUACGUCGCAGAACUACCUGCUGGUUGAUAAGGCCAUUGUGCCUGCGGUCGUCGAGGAGUUCAAGAAGGCCUACAAGGAAUUCUACCCCCAGGGCGCGAAGUCGUCGCCAGACUAUUCCCGCAUCGUCAACGCGGGUGCAUUCCAGCGUCUCAAGGGAAUGAUCGAUAACUCCAAGGGCAAGAUCCUCAUGGGCGGCACCAUGGACGAGAAGGAGCUCUUUAUCGAACCGACUCUGGUUCAGGUGGACUCGACGGACGAUUCUUUGCUCACACAGGAGAGUUUCGGUCCUUUGAUCCCUAUUCUUCCCGUGGAGAACCUCGACGAAGCCAUCAACAUCGCCAAUGGUAUCCAGAGCACGCCGCUCGGCAUCUAUCCGUUUGGCUCGAAGGCCGAAACAGAGAAGAUUCUCCGAUCGACCCGCUCCGGCGGAGUUUCCGUCAACGACGCUGCGCUGCACAUCCCCACUCUCCCCUUCGGCGGUGUCGGCGAAAGUGGCUACGGCGCCUACCGCGGAAGAUCCAGCUUCGAUGUCUUCGUGCACCGUCGUCCCAUCACCACCAGCCCCAGCUGGCUCGAAUCCAUCCUCUCGAUCCGCUAUCCACCUUACGCUGGCAAGAUCAGCACGUUCAAGGCUGCCAGCGGGCUGGUCCCUGAUUUCGACCGCAGCGGACAGAAGGUCCGUCUCGGUUGGUUGCGCUAUAUUCUUACCCUUGGCGGAGGCAGCGCGAAAGCCGGGGCUGGCAGGGCUGCAGUUGUUGCUGCAAUCGCCUACGUCGUCAUGCAGAUUCUCGAGCGCCGAACAUCCAAACUCUAA